ACUUCUAGCAGGCAGGAAACCAGGGUGGGGAAGGGGGGGACAGGGGUUCUCUGUCCUUCUGGAGGGAGCUCUUUCCUGAGGAGCGUCAGGAUCCCCCUGGGACUGAGGCAGAGGUGGCCAGCUGGGCUGGGAUGUGCAGCUGAGGCUGGGCACAGAGUGGAGCCUUCCCCAGCAUGGCCCCCACCUCACUCUGGAGCUGUUGCCUCUGUUGCUUGCUGGCUGGGGCAGCCUGGGCUGCGAGCUACCCAUCUCGGGGCUACAGCCUCUACACUGGGGCCCGUUCCCUCAGUCCUGGGGGGCCCCAGGCUCAGAGUGUCCAUCGCCCAGCUAGUCGCCACAGGAACUGGUGUGCCUACGUGGUCACUCGGACAGUGAGCUGUGUACUAGAAGACGGGGUGGAGACCUUUGUCAAACCUGACUACCAGGCCUGUGGCUGGGCCCAGCCCCAGUGUCCCCGAACUAUCACGUAUCGAAGCUUCCUCCGCCCUCGAUAUAGAGUAGCCUAUAAAACAGUGACGGACAUGGAAUGGAGGUGCUGCCAAGGUUUUGGGGGUGAGGACUGUAGUGAGGGGCCAGCUCCAGCCCUGGGUACUACCACUCCCUAUCCUCGGCCCCAUCUAGCCCGUCCCAAUCUCUCAGGGUCCAGUGCUGGAAGUUACCUGAGUGGGCUUGGAGGAGAAGGUCUUGGGGACUCUGAAAGGUUGAAGCAACUAGAGGAGAAAGUACAAAGCAUGUCAAAGGAUCUUCAAGGGCUUCAGAGCACCCUGCAGGGCUUGAGUGGGCGCUUGACUGAGGAUGUUCAAAGGGCUGUGGAGACAGCAUUUAAUGGAAGAAGGACACCAGCCGAUGCAGCUGCCCAGCCUGGGGUGCAAGAGACCCUCAAUGAGAUCCAGAACCAGCUGCAGCUACUGGGUAAUCGUGUCUCCAGCCAUGAUAGGGAACUGGGUCUCUUCCAAAAUGGAGGUGACUCUUUGCAUCCUAACCAGGCCAGCUCAUCACCAGCAGAGAAGUGGUUUCAGGAGAUGGAGCAGAGGCUGCAGGAAUCCUGCUCCAGUUGCAUGGAUGGAUUGGAUGACUUCCGAAGGAAACACCAGGAGGACCAGGAACGCCUCCAUGAGUUAGAGAAACUCCUUGGUUCAGUAGAGCAACAACAGAGGGAAGCUAGGGAGGAGCUGCACCAGCGGCUGUCCGGGAACUGGGUGCCGCCUCUGGGAUGCUGUGCUCCUGAGCUAGGCCAGAGGUUGGGGGAUGUGGAACGUCGGCUGGAUGUGGUGGCCGGCUCUGUGCAUGUUCUGAGUGGUCGGAGAGGGGGAGAGCUAGAAGGUGCAGCUGGGCAGGGGGGGCAUCCCCCUGGCUAUACUAGUCUAGCCAGUCGCCUGUCAUGGCUGGAAGAUCAGUUCAAUUCUACCUUAGGCUCAUCUGAGAGGGCAGAAGGUGACCACACCAGCCCUGGAGGCUUGGGCCACUGGUUUCAGGGAGCCAAGGGGCAGCUCACUAGGCUGGAAAGGAGACUGGCCAACUUGAGCCAGGAAUUAGACUCCCGACUCCAUGUGCUAGAGGAGCGGGUAGAGGGAGCUGUGCAGGCAUGUGGGCAGCUCUGUGCUGUUUACCCAGGGACCCAAGAUUCACAAAUCAGUGCCAUCCUCAGUGACCUGGAGCGCAGGAUCCUGGACAAUGAGGGCCAACUGCGGCUGGUGGGGUCCAGCUUGCAUAAGAUGGGGGUGGCUGGAGAAGCUUUACAGGCAGCUCUGGAUGGACUGGAGGGAGAACUGGGGCGGAUGAGGGAUCAGCUGGGUAUGCAAAGUGAAGGCCCUGGGGAUUUGCUACAUCACUUGAACCAUACAAAUGGAAGGCUGACCCAGUUGGAAGAAAGGAUGCAGGCUAGAGGAGAAGACUGCCAGGGCUGUGGGGUACUUCAAGAGGAGUUAGAUAAGUUAAGGGAAGGAGUAGAGCAUUGCUCCUGCCCUUUGUUGCCCCCAGGAGAUCCUGGAAGCAAUUCAGGAGUAGGGGGGCCUGGGCGUGGCCCAUUGGAUGGGUUCAGUGUUUUUGGAGGCAGUUCAGGUGCAGCCCUUCGGGCAAUGCAAGGGGAACUCUCAGAAGUCAUUCUCACCUACAGUUCCCUCAAUGACUCCGUGAGGGAGCUACAGACAACCGUGGAAGGCCAGGGGGCAGACCUGGCUGAUUUGGGGGUCACUAAGGAUCGGAUCAUCUCUGAGAUAAAUCGACUACAACAAGAGGCCACAGAGCAUGCUACAGAGAGUGAAGAAAGGCUUCGAAUUCUAGAAGAAGGGCAAACUCAAGUCAGACAGUGCCCAAAUCUUGAAGGAAGGCUGACCCGGAUUGAAAGCAUAUGUGAGCGACUAGACACUGUGGCCGGAGGACUUCGGGGACUUCGAGAGGGGCUUUCGAAUCACGUGGCUGGGCUCUGGGCUGGAUUACGGGAAACCAACAGUACCAGUCAAAACCAAGCUGCCUUGCUGGAGAAGCUGCUAGGUGGCCAAGCUGGCCUAGGCCGGAGGCUGGGAGCCCUCAACAGCUCUCUGCUUCUCUUGGAAGAUCAGCUGCAUCAGCUUAGCCAAACUGAUAUCUCUGGUCCAGCAGGGGAGAUUGGGCCACCAGGUCCUGUGGGAAAGCAGGGGCCUCCAGGCCCUAUGGGACCCCCUGGACCACCAGGCAAAGAUGGCAAAGAAGGACCCAUUGGACCACCAGGUCUCCCAGGUGAACAAGGUAUGGAAGGAGCAGCUGCAGUUCCUCUACCUCGAGUGUCUUUCUCAGCCGCACUGAGUUCACCCCGUACAGAACCAGGCACAAUUCCUUUUGAUAAGGUCUUACUCAACGAUGGAGGCUGUUAUGACCCAGAGACUGGCAUAUUCACCGCGCCCCAAGCUGGUCGCUAUUUGUUGAGCGCUGUGCUCACUGGGCACCGUCACGAAAAGGUGGAGGCCGUGUUGUCUCGCUCCAACCAGGGCAUAGCCCGCAUCGACUCAGGGGGCUAUGAACCUGAGGGGCUCGAAAAUAAGCCCGUGGUGGAGAGUCAGCCCAGUUCGGGUGCCUUGGGAGUCUUCAGUCUGAUCCUACCCCUGUUGGCUGGAGACACGGUCUGCAUUGAUCUGGUGUCUGGGCAGCUGGCACACUCGGAGGAGCCGCUGACGCUCUUCAGCGGAACCCUGCUCUACGAACACCCAAAUUAUGAAGGCAACUAAAAAGCGGCCCUAGUGCCGCACUGCAGGGCUCGAGGGGCCUCCGGACAACCCAAGAAAGCUGAGCCUCGGACUGGCCGGCAGUGGGGGGAGGGCGGGCUGCAGCAGGGGGCGUGUCUGCCUUUACCGGGUGAGGGUGGGGAGCUUGGCCCCACUUUCCACCCUCCCCAAGCCGGUCUGGUCGCCUGCGUUUACUAGGUCCUCGGCUGCCCCAUAGGAAAGACAUCUCCCGGAAUGCCCAGCACAGCCUCAGGCGCCCCUGACCUUAGGCUCUCAUACCCACUCCCUCUCCGGGAAUCCUGGGACUUUUCCCAGGGAAGUCGAGCACCCAUUCCACCAUGCGGCUGUAUUCCCUCACCACCUACCCAAACCAAGGCGGUCGAGGCCCCGCCCCCUCUAUGCCCCGGCCCCGCCCCUUCCCCCGUCCCUCCCCCUUUCCCCU